CCCCCGUCGUAUUUGGCUUAAUGUGUACAGUAGGCUACUGUGACUUUAAAGGGGUGUUGGUUCGCUGAGAGGUAACAGAUAGGUUUAAUUCCCUCUGCUAAGAACACAUCGCACAUCUCGGAGCCUCUCUGCCUUUUAUCCAGCGGUGUCUUCAUUGCUUCCUAGAAGACCUUCUCAAAGGAAAAGCCGUGCGUGUCCACCGCUGCACCUUUCCCGGAGCGAUGGGAGAGGCCGAGACGCGUCAGAAAUUGCUGCGCAAUGUGAAGAAAGAGGUGAAACAAAUUAUGGAGGAGGCCGUAACGAGGAAAUUUGUGCACGCAGACAGCAGCCACAUCAUAUCCUUCUGCGCUGUAGUGGAGGCCUGCAUUCUUCAUGGGCUGAAGCGACGUAUUGCAGGUCUGCUCUGCAGUAACAAGGUUGCAGCACUCUUCAUGAAGGCGGCAAAAAGCUUUUCGCCUGCUGAGGAACUCUGCCACAAGGUCCAGGAGGUGGAACAACUCAUCGAAAACAGCAAGCAGAACAAUUCUUCCCUGAGUAAUGACCGCAGUCGGCAAUCCAAGUUGGCCAACCUCUCCCCGCAGGCACUGAAACACAUUUGGAUCCGAACUGCACUGAUGGAAAAGCUCUUAGACAAGAUUGUCGUGUACUUGGUGGAGAACAGCAGUGCCUUCUAUGAGAAAGAAGCCAUGCUGAUGGAUCUUGUGGAUGGACCAAUUCUUGCAUCUCUAUUGGUCGGCCCUUGUGCUUUGGAGUACACCAAAGUUAAGACUGCAGACCAUUUCUGGACGGACCCAUCUGCUGACGAGCUCGUGCAGCGGCAUCGCAUCCACAGCGGCCACUGUCGGCAGGAUUCACCCUCGAGACGGCCUGCCCUGAUCCAGAAGAGACAGUCCAGUGGUAGCAUGGAUGAUCGCCCUCUGAUGUGGGUGAGGGACUAUGUUGAAUCACUCCACCAAAACUCCAGAGCAACACUUCUGUUUGGGAAGAACAAUGUGCUGGUGCAGCCGAGAGAUGACAUGGAGGCCAUCCCAGGCUACCUUUCUCUACAUCAAACUGCAGACGUCAUGACACUGAAAUGGACACCCAAUCAGCUGAUGAAUGGCAAUGUGGGAGAGCUAGAUUCUGAGAAAAGUGUUUAUUGGGAUUAUGCUAUGACAAUUCGUUUGGAGGAGAUUGUGUAUCUCCACUGUCAUCAGCAAGUGAACAGUGGUGGGACAGUAGUUUUGGUGAGCCAGGAUGGGAUCCAGAGACCUCCUCUACAUUUCCCCAAAGGAGGCCACCUCCUCCAGUUUCUGACCUGCCUGGAGACCGGCCUGCUACCUCACGGACAGCUGGACCCACCGCUCUGGAAUCAGAGAGGAAAGGGUAAGGUUUUCCCCAAACUGCGAAAUAGGAGUCCACACGGCUCAUGUGAUUCUGUAUCCGAUAAGGAAGAUGAUGAAGCGACCGAUUAUGUGUUUCGGAUCAUCUUUCCUGGCAUUCAGAUGGAGUUCAUGGCCCUGGAGCUGAUGGACCAGGGCGUGAACUUGUGGCAACCGACGCCCAGAAAGUCCUCGUGCUCCUCCUGCUCACAGAAUGGCUCCUCUGAUGGCUCUCUGCCAAACGGCUGUAAUCAGGAAAGGGCUCCCUUAAAGCUCCUUUGUGACACCAUGAAGUACCAGAUAAUCUCCCGUGCUUUCUAUGGAUGGCUCGCAUACUGCCGUCAUAUGUCCACAGUUCGUACGCACCUUUCUGCUCUGGUCAACACCACUAUAGUUGACCCUGAUGUGCCCUGUAAUGCCCGAGGAGGACUCUCUGUGGAGGUCUGGGGCCGGUUCCUCAAGGACAGCUCUGCUUAUGAGCAAGAGGAGAUACACAGGCUUGUGUAUUUCGGUGGUGUGGCUCCUUCAUUACGCAAAGAGGUCUGGCCCUUCCUGUUGGGACACUACCAGUUUACCAUGACUGAGAAAUGCAGACUAGAGAUUGAUGAGCAGAUGCGGACCAUGUAUGAGCAGACUCUGAAGGAGUGGCAGGGUUGUGAGGCCAUAGUCCUCCAGAGGGAGAGGGAGAAACAUGCUGAGGCCCUCGCCAGAUGUUCGACCGCAGCCAGUGUGGAAAGAGGGCCAGUGCAGCGGGACUCCACCAUCAGUACAGAUUCGUCUCUAAGUAGCAGCUCAGAUCAACAGAAUGCCCACUCACAAAGUGAUUCCAGCAGCAGCACACGGGUAAUUGAAUCGGUUGAGACAGUGGAUCAGAUUGAGACUGAGGCCAGGGUUAAAAAAGGAGAAGCACAGCAAAGUAGUCCACUGAAGGACACCCCAAGUGGCACUGCAGACACCCCACGACUUCCCUCCAGCAGCCCCUCCUCCCCAAGUCUGUCAAAUCAACGCCUGGAUUCAGAAAACAGCCCUCUUGUCACAGAGUCAGCUGUUGGAGCUGCAACCUCUCAGCAGUCAGAAGCAUCACAAGUCACACAUGAAAAACCUACAACUGGAUCACAGUCCGGAGGUGAGGAUGUAAUGGACCCAGUAGCCAAAGCUGAGAUUUCAGAGACAAAGAUGGAGAAAGUUCCAGAAGGUGAGAUGGUUAAGGAAUGUGGAAUCAUCAGUAAGUUACAAGAGACAUCUGAAUCGAAAGAAAAACCUGAAGUAGAAGAAACUAAAUCUGAGAAAUCUGAAGAUUUAAAAGCAGUCGACACAAACAUGAAUUUAAGAAGUAUUCCAGAGAGCACUAAUGUUCUGAAGCUAGAAACAGAGAUUCAUAAUGAAUAUUUCCAAGCACCUCCACUCGGGCAGACCUUGACUUUUCAAGCACACAAGAGCAAAGAUCUGGAAGUGGAGCCACUAUGUCCGCCUUUAGCAGAAAAAGAUACUAAUCAAGAGGGUGAAAAAAAGGAGCCGGCGAUUUCUGAAAAACCUGAGCCGGCUUCUGAAAAAGAGGCCCGUACCACAGAGCCAGAAAGAAAGGACGCUGAAGGAACAGUUAGUGAUUUGGCUGGAAUCAAAAAAGACAGAGCUGCAGAAUUUCCAUUUGAGAAACCUGGUUCAAAUUCACCUGUCAGACAAGUACUGAAUGCUCUCCAGUCAGCAUCUAGGGGCAGCCUUUCAAUAUCGUCACACUCUCGGCAGUCUCCAGACACAGCAGAUUCAGAUGACUCUCCCUCGGCCCUGGAAAUGGAGGACAUUCCUGCAGGGACAUGUGUGACCUCUGAGGAUAUGAAGGCCAGGCCUUUGGCAGGUCUCGCUGCUCCCCCUGUCCCCCUUGCGCAAAGACAGAAAAUGGCAUCAGAGGACCUUGUCCUAGAUCACCAUCUGGACACAGCCUAUAACACCAGUCCGGAGGGCACCGACCUGGGCCUUUCUGAAGAGGAGCCUGAGAUGGAGAAUGUGCUCACUGAACCAGAAGAGUCAGCAGAGGUGGGAGGAGACGCCAAACACGACGAAUCCUCAGAGGAACGAACCUAUUCCCAAGAAACACUGGACAUGUACUUGAUCAAUUUACACCGCAUCGACAAAGAUGUCAGACGUUGUGACAGAGCAUGCUGGUACUUCACUCCUGAGAACCUGGAGAAGCUGCGUAACAUCAUGUGCAGUUACGUGUGGCAGCAUCUGGAUACAGGUUACGUCCAGGGGAUGUGCGAUCUGCUGGCUCCCCUGCUGGUUAUCCUAGACGACGAGGUCAUGGCAUUUAACUGCUUCACUGAACUAAUGAAGAGGAUGAACCAGAAUUUUCCACAUGGCGGUGCCAUGGACUCUCACUUUGCCAAUAUGCGUUCUCUUAUCCAGAUCCUGGACUCCGAGCUGUUUGAACUGAUGCAGCAGAAUGGAGACUACACACACUUCUACUUCUGUUAUCGCUGGUUUCUACUUGACUUCAAAAGAGAAAUGGUGUACGAUGACGUGUACUCUGUGUGGGAAACAAUCUGGGCCGCCACGUACACCUCCUCUGAUCACUUUGUGCUCUUCAUUGCUCUGGCACUUGUGGAGAUGUAUAGAGACAUCAUCCUAGAAAAUAACAUGGACUUCACGGACAUCAUCAAGUUCUUUAAUGAAAUGGCAGAGCGACACAACGUUCCGCAGGUCCUGACGAUGGCUCGAGACUUGGUCAACAAAGUGCAGACGCUCAUAGAAAACAAGUGAUGCUGCCGCCUCUGCUGCUGCUCCCACAUUUCUCUGUGCUUAAUUGUCUUAAGAUACCACACACAAUAGUAGUUUAUUCAAGAGGAAAGGAAUACAUGUAAAUGAAAUGCAGUGAUUGGUACGUAUACUGGUCAUUAUUUUAAGACUUCUUUCCAGUUGCCCCUCUCUAUAUUCAGGAGAUGCAAUUAUUGCCAGUCAAUUUAUUUUGAAAGUGUUAAUGUUCACCUAGUGAAUGUACCCUUGAUGAAAAUGCUUCAGGAUGUUAUUUAUUUUGCCUUAAAUUGAGCUGUUUUUUUCAGGGAUACAGCAACCAAAUGUGUCACUGUAUUGUUCUUCUAAUAAGGUUGAUUUUGUUCAGUUAUACACAUCUCGUGAUGCACUUGAAUAUAUUUUCAAUAUUGUUAUUAUUUUUUGCUGAAAUUGUAGCUGACAUGUUUAAACAUCUUGUGAUGCACUUGAAUAUAUUUCAGUAAUAAUAAUGUCUGGCAUUAUCGGAUGAUUUGGUUUUGUAAACGUUAGAGGUACAUUAGAGGAGGUUGUGUCCACGUCGUGUGUGUGGUUUGCUUCUCAAAAGCCAUUUCGAGGACCUCAUGCGGGCUUCUCUGAGCCUCGAUGGUCCUCUUCCUCUGCUUGCCUCUGAUGCACACACGCUUGCAGGAUAUCCAGACCGGAGCUGUGAACCCCGUGCAGUCCUGCAUGAUUGCACAUAGUUUGCAUACAGUACAUGUAUUGCUCUUUCCUCCGUUACCAAACUGCCAUACUUUGUGCUACUUCUAUCUCUGACCUCCUCUAUGCAUUGAUUCACUUUUUUUUCUGUGCAGACUGGUUCUUUCUACUGGUUAAAAUGGGCAAUCACAUUCUUCUCACCUUAAAUAACGCAAUGCCGCUCAGGCUGACGAAUUCAGCAGUUUCCUAACGGAUUCUACUUCUUUGCAGCAUUGCAAUAGCUGCCAUGGUGGUUCAUCUUGAGCUGGUGGUAAACUUAAAGUGGGUGGCAGUGAGGGAAGCAUUCUUCUUUUUUCUUUCACUUUGAGAUCAGUUUAAUGUUUUUUUGGCCUGCCGGUCUUGGUUGCCUUGUCUUUCACACGCUCUAGUCCAUUUUGAUAUGCCCAAACUUUUGGCAACACGUCUUACAGUGGUUGUUGAUAUUUCCUGGAGUAACUGUGCAUUUCUCUUCAUUAUUACCUCAAGAUCUCCAUGUCUGUACCUGUUGAAAAAGAGCUCUGCUUGCUAAACACUUAUCAUGGGUUCACUUUAGCUUUGACACGUUUCCUCGGCUACAUUUCGUUUCCUGUAAAGCUAGUGUGCACACAGAGAGCAGCCUCCACCUUGAUGAGCUCACCUAUUUCAUCAAUUCAUUUGAAAGAGCAGUCCUGUUAUGCUUAGCUUGUUGAAUUGUAUCCGGUGCCCUCCAGUUCCUUGAAGGGCUCUCUUUUUAGCUCGACUGAAAUGGUCCCCAGACUUAUCUAUUGUACACCUGCUCACACAGUUUCUGUGUAUUGUGCUGUAUUACAGUGCUGCUUAGACUGAUCUUGUUGAAGCCCUCAUCAGGUUUACACAGUCUAGUAAGUGCCAGAGGGUCAAGUUAUUACAUAAAGGGUCAGGUCAGUGGUAGCUAGUCAGAAGUAUGUAGCCAUGCGGAUCAUUUUGGUUUUAUGUGCGUAUGUUUACACCACUGAAUCUUCUGCUGCUAAUCCAAUACAGUGGAAGUUAAUCAUUUGUUCAGCUGAAAACAAACAUGUAUAGGCAAAGUGUAUUUCCAGAAACAAUGCGCUGGAGACCUUGAUGUCAUUGUUUAAAUUAGUUUGAUGAGGUCUAAUAAAGCCUAAUAAGGUCUGUGAAUCUGAUGUGUUUCGCAGACAUUCAGGAUUAAAUCCUAUAAUCUCCACAGAUAAAUACAAAACUAUCUACAUGGCUAGAUACCAGCAUAAGUAUGUCAGAAAAUAUGAUUUAUUGGUGCCACAUUUACAGUUACAAAAUAGCCAUAGCACACCCAUGUCUGGUUCACUGUGGCUUAAAUACCAGUGUUUUGAUAUCACUGCUAAUGUCUCUCCACAUGAUCUUCUAAAACAUGCCCGAGUAUUGCUGUUUGUGCAUUGCUGUGUUUGUUGUCAGAAGAUUUACUGUAUACAAUGUGUUAAAAAGAAACAAAGAAAGUACAUAUUUAUUAAAUGCAAUACAAUGUCUGUAUAUGGGCUUUAUCGGAUUAUAAUGAACAGAAAGAUAAAAAUGUGCCAUUGGAAAUAAAUAUAUUUUUUAGUUUUUUCUGUCUUCUCAAAUUGUCACCUGGUAUAAUUAAUUUAUUGCGUAUUAAAAAUAUUAUAUUUUGCA